CUGGAACCAAUCAGAUGCAAGAAAGUCCUGCGAUCUGACAGCCCCAAAGGCGGGAUCUAGAGUCUUUUUUUUCUCACCCCUCCUCCUUUCUCUGCCUCCAAACGGAGAGAGGUCUUUUUCUCCCUCUUCUAUUGAAUCUCAGAGUUGGCCGUGACGCGCGGCCCAGGGGAAGACCACAUAGAUCUCAGCAGAAUGCUGCGACCAUCGAGCUUUCAUACGCGACCACUUGUGUGUGGGAAUCCCUUUGCGCGCCUCGCUUUUUGAGAGAAACUUUCUGUUUUUUUUGUUCUUUUUCUUUUCUUUUCUUUUUUCCCCCCCUUUUCAUUUUUUUUUCUUUUUUAAGAGACAAGGUGAAAGCGGUGAGAGCGGCGGAGACCUCCGGAUCACGAAAUGUUGGGAUGGAAGGCGCAGACUUUGACUCGCCGUCUCCAACAGGAGUAUGAAGUCCCACUUCACGGGUGUGAGGUCUCCACGAGUGAAACUCUGUCGCCUCGGGAUAUCGCUACACGCUUUCGGGGAAAUACUAUAAAGUGGGAAACGGUAACCAACUCGCAGUCCCCGCAACAUGGCCUCGGCUGCUAAUGCGCCCUUCGAGCAGGAAAACAGAGACCCCGAUCGGCCGAGGAUAACGUGGAGGAACAGGGGGGACUAUACCCGCGGCACACCGCUGGAUUUGGAGUAUUUGCAGCGGCCGAGUUACUGCGAUGCGGGCUUCGCUCUGGAGCAAAUAUCAGAGGGGAAGGCGACUGGGAGGAAAGCACCUUUGUGGCUGAGAGCGAAGUUCCAGAGAUUUUUAUUCAGGCUCGGCUGUUACAUACAAAAGAACUGUGGAAAGUUUUUGGUUGUGGGCCUUAUGAUUUUUGGAGCUUUUGCUGUGGGUUUAAGGGCAGCUAAUCUGGAAACGGACGUGGAGAAACUCUGGGUGGAAGUUGGUGGGCGUGUUAACCAGGAACUGAAGUACACACGACAGAAGAUGGGUGAGGAGGCCAUGUUUAACCCUCAGCUGAUGAUCCAGACACCACGGGAGGAGGGAGCCAACAUACUAACGGUGGAGGCCCUUCUACAGCACCUGGAGUCUGCUCUCCGAGCCAGCAGAGUUCAUGUUUACCUUUAUAACAGACAAUGGACAUUGGAACACUUAUGCUUCAAAUCAGGGGAACUAGUCACAGAAACACAUUUUAUGAAUCAGAUUAUAGAAAAGCUUCAUCCCUGCCUCAUCAUCACCCCUUUGGACUGUUUCUGGGAAGGAGCUAAACUCCACUCUGGAAUGGUCUAUCUCCCAGGUGAAAACCUUAUGCAAUGGACCAAUUUUGACCCCAAGGAGUUUCUUGAAAAGUUACGAAGAGCACACUUUCCUGUGGAUAGCUUUGAGGACAUGUUGGAAAAGGCGGACGUCGGGCAUGGCUACAUGGAUAGGCCCUGUCUGAACCCCGCUGACCCCGACUGCCCCGAUACUGCACCCAAUAAGAACUCAACUAAGCCAUUCAACGUGGCACGGGCUUUGAGUGGUGGCUGCCACGGUCUGUCCAGGAAGUACAUGCACUGGCAAGAGGAACUCAUUGUAGGAGGCACCACAAAGAAUGGCAGCGGACCCCUACUCAGUGCUCAGGCUUUACAGACCAUGUUCCAGUUGAUGACCCCCAAGCAGAUGUUUGAGCACUUUCGGGACUGGGAUGAGGUUUCCCACAUCAACUGGAAUGAAGAAAAGGCCGCAGCUAUCCUGGAAGCCUGGCAGAGGAAAUACUCUGAGGCAGUUCUGCAUAGUGUGGCAACAAAUUCUUCCCAAAAGGUCUUGUCCUUUACCACCACCACUCUGGAGGAUAUUCUCAAGUCUUUUUCUGAUAUCAGUGUUAUCCGGGUGGCCAGUGGAUACCUGCUGAUGCUGGCCUAUGCGUGUUUGACCAUGCUGCGGUGGGACUGUGCUAAGUCCCAGGGUGCCGUGGGGCUGGCUGGAGUCCUUCUGGUGACGCUGUCUGUGGCGGCUGGGCUGGGCCUCUGUUCUCUCCUGGGAAUCUCCUUCAAUGCUGCCACCACGCAGGUUCUUCCCUUCCUGGCUCUCGGAGUUGGAGUGGAUGAUGUCUUCCUCCUCGCUCAUGCCUUCAGUGAGACCGGACAGAACAAGAGGAUACCCUUUGAGGACCGCACUGGGGAGUGUCUGAAGAGGACUGGGGCCAGCGUGGCUCUCACCUCCAUCAGCAACGUCACGGCCUUCUUCAUGGCAGCCCUCAUCCCCAUCCCAGCACUUCGAGCUUUUUCUUUGCAGGCCGCGGUUGUAGUGGUGUUUAACUUCGCCAUGGUGCUGCUCAUCUUUCCCGCCAUCCUCAGCAUGGAUCUCUACAGACGAGAAGAAAGGCGCUUUGACAUCUUCUGCUGCUUCUACAGCCCAUGUGCCAAUCGAGUGAUUCAAAUCGAGCCUCAGGCGUACUUGGACGGAGCAGACGCGGGACACUACAGCCCUCCGCCUUCGUAUCGCACGUCUCCUCCUUCCUAUCACACGCCUCCACCAAGCUACAGCAGCCACAGCUUCGCCCAGCAAACCCAGAUCACCAUGCAGUCCACGGUGCAGCUCAGGACGGAGUACGACCCCCGCACGCAGGCCUUCUACACCACGGCCGAGCCCCGGUCACAGAUCUCGGUGCAGCCGAUCAACCCGGUUCAGACGAGGGGCAACCACAGCGGCGACUACUACAACAACAACAACAACAACGUCAGCAGAAGCAGCAUGAACAGCCGAGGCAGCAACCUCGGUGGGAGCAGAGGUAAUGGGGGCUCCUCAGGCUCUGCCGCCUUCGCUCAUCACUGCCCGGCGCCCACAUCCGGCGCCUGCACCGUUCCUCAGGGUGACUCAGCCUCUACGACCAGCCAGAGCCCAGAGAACAACAGCUCCACGCGGGACCUGCUGUCUCAGAGCGGAGAGGCCUCAAUGGGUCUGCGCUGCCUCGAGCCCUCCUGCUCCCGCUGGACCUUGGCCUCUUUUGCUGAGAAGCACUAUGCGCCGUUCCUUCUGCGACCCACCACCAAGGUGGUCGUGAUUAUGCUAUUCCUGGGCCUGCUGGGAAUCAGUCUAUACGGGACCACCCAGGUGCGUGACGGCCUGGAACUGACGGACAUCGUGCCCAGGGAGACCAGCGAGUACGACUUCAUCGGCGCUCAGUUCAAGUUCUUCUCGUUCUACAACAUGUACGUGGUGACGCAGCGGGCCGACUACGCCCAGAUCCAACCGCUCUUGCACCAGCUCCACCAGAGGUUCCACACCGUUCGCUACGUGUUGAAGGAGGACAACGGCCAGCUUCCCCGCAUGUGGCUCCACUACUUCAGGGACUGGCUGCAAGGACUCCAGCAGGCAUUUGACAAAGACUGGGAGGCCGGCCACAUCACCGUCAACAGCUACAAGAACGGCUCUGAUGACGGCGUCCUGGCUUACAAACUGUUGGUGCAGACGGGACGCAGGGACAAACCCAUCAACUUCAGCCAGCUGACUCGACAGAGACUCGUGGAUGCAGAUGGGAUCAUCAAUCCUGGGGCUUUUUACAUCUACCUAACCGCCUGGGUCAGCAACGAUCCCGUCGCUUAUGCCGCCUCACAAGCCAACAUCCGUCCGCACCCUCCUGAGUGGCUCAACGACCGGACUGACUCCAUGCCCGAGACACGUCUCAGCAUUCCCGCUGCCGAGCCCAUCGAAUACGCACAGUUCCCCUUCUACCUCAACGGGCUCCGAGAGACCCCGCAGUUUGUGGAGGCCAUCGAGAGCGUGCGAGCAAUCUGCAACAACUACAGCCGACAAGACCUGCCCUCCUACCCCAAUGGCUACCCUUUCCUCUUCUGGGAGCAGUACGUCAGUCUGCGGCACUGGCUUCUCCUUUCCAUCAGUGUUGUGCUUGCCUGCACCUUUCUAGUCUGUGCCCUGUUUCUGCUCAACCCAUGGACCGCUGGCAUCAUAGUGCUUGUGCUCUCUCUCAUGACUGUGGAGCUUUUUGGCUUCAUGGGACUGAUGGCAAUCAAGCUGAGCGCCGUCCCUGUGGUCAUUCUCAUCGCUUCGGUGGGCAUUGGAGUGGAGUUUACAGUCCAUGUAGCUCUGGCAUUCCUUACAGCUAUUGGGGAUCGUCACAAACGGGCAGUGCUGGCACUAGAGCACAUGUUUGCUCCAGUUCUAGAUGGCGCCUUCUCCACUUUACUGGGUGUCUUAAUGCUCGCAGGCUCCGAGUUUGACUUUAUCGUCAGGUAUUUCUUUGCAGUGUUAGCCAUCCUGACAGUUCUUGGAGUGCUGAAUGGAUUGGUCCUUCUCCCAGUAUUAUUGUCAUACUUUGGACCUUAUCCAGAGGUUUCACCCACUGAUGGCCGAAGUCGGCUACCCACCCCCUGCCCAGAGGCCCCUCCUCGAGUGGUCCAUUUCUCGGUCCGUCCACGCCAAACCUCUGGACCCGUCACGAACUCUGGUGCAGCCACAGACUCGUCAGACUCGGAGUACAGCUCUAAUGCCACAGUGUCUGGAAUAAGCCAAGAGGUGCAGAACUACAACCUUUACCCUCACAGAGGACAAACUCAACCAGAGGAGCAGCACCACCACUUCCGGACCAGCAGGGGCAGAGUGGCCCAGCCAGAGGAGGAAAGAAGAGCGGGGUCAGGGCAACGGCAUUCACCGAGACAGCAGCCUGACCCCCCAGCCUAUACUGUGUCUUCGUUUGUUCCCUCUCAGGGUUGUGAUUCUGGUAUCCAGCAUGGCAAUACUCAGCGAAACUGCAGCAGGGACCCCAGGGGCCAGCAGCACUGGCAGGCCUCGCCCCCGGCCCAACCGCGCAUGGACGCUUUUGAAACUGCAACCGAGGCUGGGGGCCAUCACAGCUCUCGCAGCUACAGAGAACACUCAGCAGGCCACAGCGGCCACUCUUCCCACAACUCGCAGCCUCAUCAUCACCAACAGCAUCAUCACCACCUCCCGCACCAACACACCAACAACGCUCCUUUUUGUCAGCCCAUCACCACAGUAACGGCAUCGGCCUCGGUCACUGUAGCCGUUCACCCUGUGCCAUUCUCCGCCCAAGGUCCAGCUUCCUCCUUCCCAGAAUACACGGGAACAGACAGUUACUGCCCAUCGGGGCCAGAGGAGUCAGAAUCGGCUUUCCAAGACCCCCACGUGCCUUUGUACACCCACACAGGGGGUAGGGAGGCUAAGGUGGAAUCUGUGGAGCUUCAGGAUUUGGAAUUAGAGGCAGCUGACAGGAACCAUGGCCAACAGGCUAGCUGAGAUCUGGGGAAGAGAAGCACUAUGGCCAAAGAUGGACUCCCCUGUCUUGCUAAGCAGUUGACCAGCUUGGCACAACCCCACCUCUGACCCCAUGUAGCGUAAAAGCUUGCCAGUGUUGCCAUAAUGGUGCUCAAUGUUACUGUAACACAGUGGACUCUUGUUUUAGAUAUUUCUAUCUAUAUUUAAAAGAUGUAUACAUAUGUAAAUAUAAACAAAUAGGUAUAAUUUUUUGAGGAGCUGUACAACUCCUACUUGUUAAUAGACUGGGGCUGUAUAUGUUGUAGGUGUGUAUGCGUGCAUGAAUGCAGUGUGUAUUUUGAUUACUGUUCACUUCUCUGUGGAUCUGUGCCAAUAGGAAGCUCAAUGUAGGACAAACAUGCCUGUCAGCAUUCACAGUUGCUGCUCAGAACUUUAUUUUUUUUAUACUAAUGUACAUUUUUAACACUAUGCAAAUCUCUCUUCAAACAGAACCAGUGAUCUGUCAAGGUAUAUGAAUGUGUGUAUGUGCAUGCAUGCGUGCGUGUGUGCGUGCGUGCGUGUGUGUGCGUGUGUGUGUGUGUGUGUGUGUGUGUGUGUGUCAGGUCGUGUAAUGUGAAACAGCUCCUUUCGCCAGAUGCAUCCUCAGUUCAGACUAACAUUUACACUCAUUUAAAACAUGAGGGAAACUGUUAGAAUCAUCCAACAAAGCUAUGGUAUAUCUGUUUGUGUGUGUUUUUAUUAUUGUAUAAAGGUACGCUUGUAAAACUAUUAAUUUUUUAUCACAAACCUGUGGUAGAUAUGAAAGAAUUACUGUUUUAACUCGACACGCUAUGCGUGCUAUUUAAAAUGAGUUGGUAUGAAGACAUUUUAAGAUUUUUUUUUUUUUUUUUGCCUUAUUUUUAUUUUAGUUACGGCCUUGAAACCUGUUUCUGCACUCAGCUUUGUAUCACUGUCUGUUAGGCUGGUUGUAUUUUACUGUAAGAGGUUUUGUGAUGUUAAACAACUCUAGCAGGCUCAAACAGGUUCUGAGCAGCCUCAGAACCCACCUCAGAAAUUAACUCUUACCUUUUUUACAGGGACCUUCACGUUACUGAUUCUGGAACAGGGCCAAAAAAACAAGGUGCUACCUCUGCACCUUAUAAAGUGGCUUUGUCUUGUGGAUAAGCUAAAGCUCAAACUAUAAUACUGUAUGACCCGACUCAAAAUGGCACUUGACUGCUUUUCAUUCACAGGAAUAUAUCUCGCUUGAAGUAGCUCUUUCUGUCCAUCCAAUAAGCUAGACCAUGCAGCCUUCGAAGGGCUAAGACCAAUAAGGCCUCAUAUUUUGCUGUGUGUGUUUGUGUGUGUAGUGGUUUUCUUCACAACUCCUGUCCUCUGCCUGGAUCUGAGGCCCCCCUUUAUUUCAUGACAAUAAAGACAACUGGUCAUAGUUUGGCCACAGCUGUCCCCACUGACCUCAGCUCUUAAAAAUCCACAACAUAAGGCCAUGACACUAAUUGGACGUCUCCACUCAGCUGCUAAAUUGCACAAGCCUGAGCCUUAUGGGGGUGGAAGGUGGAAGAGGAAGAGUCGGGUCAGUUUUUUUUUUUUUUGUACCCCACCUUCACCAGAUAUGGCCGGUUUAUGCCUGCUGGUGUCAGUGCCAGCAGCCGUACCUGUACACUUCUUGGGCCCCUUUGGUCUCCUUCCACAACAACCUUUUCUUACACUCCGACUCAUUCUCGAACAUUCAUAGUUUUUUUUUUUCUCCUGUUCACUGAGCUGUUGUGGUUCUCAAAACCCUACACACCCCUGUUAAAAUAUCUGGUUUGUUGAUGUAAAAAUAUUGGUCAUAAUAAAUGUUUCAAAACCUUUUCCUCAUUCAAUGUGACAUUUCAGCUAAUAAAGAAUUUAAUCUGUAUGUAGGGAAACGGCACUCCAAUAACCUGGUUGUAUAAACCAAUACUUCAUUUUUAGUACUUAGUCUUCAUUGGCAGGAGUCUGUAACCGUCCCCACAUCUCAACCUGGCAAUUGUGGUACAUUCUGCUUGACAAAAGUUCCCCAAAUUUAUCACAAUAAGCAGAAAAUUUCUCCCCCUUCAGAUGAUCCCACAGAUUUUCUGUCAGAUUUAGUUCUGAACUAUAAUGAGGCAAUUCCAGUGCUUUAAUUUUUCUCUUAUAUAAUAAAAUAAAAUCAUUCUGUCACUGAUUCAAAUAUGUGCGUGGACUCAAUAAAAGAAAAAAAAAGAAAAUUUCACUCUCAUCUUUUCAUUAGUUUUGGAGAAAUGAGCAGUUAUUGUAAAUUCCCAGCUGUGCCAUAUUUUCUCCAGCUUUUUUGCUGCAGUGUGCUCUGGUGCAUAUUUAAUGCUGUGGGAAUUGUUUAUAGCCUUCCCCUGAGUGAUACCUUUUAAUGUUGAGAACAUUUGAAUUAUCUAACCUCCCCUGUGCAAACUGUGGCUUUCGCUAAAGUUGGCAAAUGAACAGGCAAUCCUUCAAGGACCUCUAAAAUGUAACUUUGUGUAAAUAGAUUCGCUGUAAUUUAAGGGAAGUGAGAUGUGAAAACAAACUGAAUUAAAACCGGCUUUAAGAAAGUAUUAGUUUAAGAAUGUUCACAUUUUUACAAACAAGUCAGUGCAGCUUUGUAUUUUUCAUAUUUUUUUAUUUAAAUAAAAUUUUUGUUCCCUUGCAAAUAUAUUAUGCAAUUUUAAAUAAGGAAACCAUUUUGAAAGAAUUUAUUAGAGUCUCACUUUUUUACAUC